UCGGUCCUCUUGACCACUUGUCGCUUAAUUCUCACGACAAAUGUUACAUAAUUCAAAAUCUCUGUAAUCGACUGUUCCUUCGACUCAAAUUUGAAUUUGACGCGAAAGGAAUGUGCGAUUAAUGCGUGUCGUUUGGAAUUUAGAUCAAACACGGUACCCAAUUACUCUAUUUGAUUAUAGGAACGACUAGUUCCUCGAUACAGAGUUCCACGCAAACCCUAACUAUGAUUUUCAGAACUCACAGCUUCUGAACACUAUCGUAAGAAGAAGAAUUGGAAAAUAUGAGCGGGAACGAGUUCCGGUUCUUCUUGUCCUGCGACAUCAAUCUCCCAGUGACCUUUCGCAUCGAGAGGUUGGAGGGCAAUUUGCCACCUAACAAGUCCCCCAAUUCAGAAAUCGAUUCCACAACAGAGGAGAGAAAAGCAGAGCUAUAUGUUGAGUGCGCAUUGUACAUUGAUGGCACUCCAUUUGGCCUUCCUACGAGAACAAGGUUGGAAUCUACCGGACCACCAUAUUGUUGGAAUGAAUUCAUAACAUUGAGUACUAAAUAUCGAGACUUAACUGUUCACUCGCAACUUGCUUUGACAGUUUGGGAUGUUUCAUGUGGGAAAGACGAGGGGUUGAUUGGUGGAGCAACAAUUCUUCUCUUUAAUGGCAAAAAGCAACUCAAAACAGGGAAGCAAAAGCUUAGGCUUUGGCCAGGAAAAGAAGCAGAUGGGUCAUUUCCUACAACUACUCCUGGAAAGGUGCCGCAGCAUGAGUGUGGGGAGUUGGAGCGCUUGGAAAAGCUUGCGAAUAAGUAUGAGAGGGGACAGAUUCAACGUGUCGAUUGGCUGGACCGCCUCACAUUUAAAGCUAUGGACAAAAUCAAGGAACGUGAAAGCUCUAAAAAUGGAAGUUCUCAUUUGUAUGUGGUUGUUGAUUUCUGUAGCUUUGAACAUCGAGUUGUUUUCCAGGAAUCAGGAGCAAACUUCUUAUUACCGUCUCCUAUAACUUCAACAAAUGAAUUUGUUACUGUCUGGGACCCAGAAGUUGGAAAGAUAAAUCCCUCUGAGCACAAGCAAUUAAAGCUUGCAAGGAGUUUAACCCGUGGUAUUAUUGACAGGGAUCUCAAACCAAGCAAUAAUGAGAGAAAGUCAAUACAAAGAAUAUUAAAAUACCCACCGACAAGGACUUUGAAUGGAGAUGAGAGGCAACUACUUUGGAAAUUCCGUUUCUCAUUGAUGACUGAGAAAAGGGCUCUCACAAAGUUUCUCCGAUGUGUUGAAUGGAGUGAUAUUCAGGAAGCAAAACAGGCAUUAGAGUUGAUGGGUAGGUGGCAAAUGAUUGAUGUCUGCGAUGCGCUGGAGCUUCUGUCUCCUGUUUUUGAAAGUGAAGAGGUGCGUGCAUAUGCUGUUAGUGUUCUUGAAAGAGCUGAUGAUGAAGAGCUUCUGUGUUAUUUGCUUCAACUGGUUCAGGCUCUUCGGUUUGAGCGCUCUGAUAAAUCUCGCCUUUCUCAUUUCCUUGUGGAACGUGCAUUGCGCAAUAUUGAGUUUGCUAGCUUUCUUCGCUGGUAUGUUGCUGUGGAACUUUAUGAUCCAACGUACGCCAAGCGUUUCUAUUGUACCUACGAGAUUCUGGAAGAGAAUAUGAUGAAGUUGGCAGGAGGUGUAAGUGGAGAUGAAGAUGGAUUUAAAUUGUGGCAAAGUCUGGUGCGUCAAACAGAAUUAACUGCCCAAUUGUGUUCAAUUAUGAGAGAUGUAAAAAAUGUUCGUGGUAAUACUCAGAAGAAGAUUGAAAAGCUUAGACAGCUGCUUUCUGGUCUUCUUAGUGAACUUACCUAUUUUGAAGAGCCAAUACGAUCACCACUGGCUCCAAAUGUUCUCAUCACCGGGAUCGUCCCAUCUGAGUCAUCAAUAUUCAAAAGUGCAUUGCAUCCCUUGCGCCUAACUUUCCGAUCAGAAAAUGGCGGAAGUUGCAAAAUCAUAUUUAAAAAGGGAGAUGAUAUUCGGCAAGACCAAUUGGUUGUUCAAAUGGUAUCACUCAUGGAUCGAUUGCUUAAAUUGGAAAAUCUUGAUCUGCACCUAACUCCAUAUAAGGUGCUAGCAACUGGGCAAGAUGAAGGCAUGUUGGAAUUCAUACCAUCCCGUUCUUUAGCACAGAUUAUCUUAGAGCAGCGUAGCAUUAUAAGCUAUCUCCAGAAGUUUCAUCCGGAUGAGCAUGGUCCAUUUGGCAUUACAGCCACCUGCCUUGAAACAUUCAUAAAAAGCUGUGCUGGCUACUCGGUUAUCACUUAUAUACUGGGUAUUGGAGACAGGCACCUAGACAACCUUCUCCUCUCAGAAGAUGGGCGUCUUUUCCAUGUUGAUUUUGGUUUCAUUCUCGGGCGAGACCCAAAGCCUUUUCCACCGCCAAUGAAGCUUUGCAAAGAAAUGGUCGUGGCUAUGGGUGGUCAAGAAAGUCAAUAUUAUACAAGGUUCAAAUCCUAUUGUUGUGAGGCAUACAACAUCCUCCGUAAAUCAAGUAACCUUAUUUUAAAUCUGUUUCAUCUAAUGGCGGGUUCCAACAUUCCUGACAUAGCUUCUGAUCCUGAAAAAGGCAUUUUAAAGCUUCAGGAGAAGUUCCGCUUAGACUUGGAUGAUGAAGCUUCCAUACAUUUUUUCCAGGAUCUUAUCAAUGAGAGUGUUAGUGCACUGUUUCCUCAAAUGGUUGAGACUAUUCAUAGGUGGGCUCAGUACUGGCGCUGAUUCCGGACAGAAAUUGGGUUUCAUAAACACCAUAGCAAAUAGCCAGGGUUUGAAAUUGACUGGUUGGAUUUGACAGCUUUGCAGCUGAUACUCUGUUUAGACCCUGAAAAGACAAACAUAAAGGAUAGAAAAUAUACAGCAAUCAUCUUCAACAUCUAUAUGGAGCAUUAUGGGAAAUCGCUUCUGUGAUUCCUCUGUUCAGUGAUUUUGAAGCAAUAUCUUGGAUGCCUUCUUUGGAUGAACCAUAGUUGUCAUGUUGGUUGGAAUAAGUCCAAAUUCAAAUCUUUUCCAUGCAUUAUAUCUAUAUAACAACCAACUAAUUUGGAUGGUUAUAUUCUCCUGACCUGUGUCCUCAACUAGUCUACAGCAUGUACAUAUUUAGGUUUUUCCAAAUUCUCCCCAAUUUUGACUCUUUUACCAAAUCUUGACCGUGUCUUUGGUCCCAUGUCUUUUGAUCAUUUUUAUGCCGUCUUACCACUCGAAUCAUGAAGAGAGGUUAAGAGAAACCUUUGCUUUGUUAUCUUCACUUUAAAGUUAUAUAAUUACAAUGGCUUAUUUUUGUCU